UCUUAUAUAAAUGGGACUGUUAUGGGAGUAGCGGCAGUAUUAAGCUAUUCUUGCUAUUCUAUUAACUGCAACACCCAUCGUGAAGUUAUUGAAAUAAUACCAUACGAUGAAGUCUAUGCAUUAUGUUGGAUUUGAGAAUAAAGUGAAUAUUAAAAUUUAUUGCGAAAACUAGCUAAAAAUAAAACUAGCUACAAUGUUGUGCCGGCAGGUGAUGUCCGACACAAACGGAAUUGAACAAAUUUAUAUCGUCAAAUCUGAAGUGAAUUCUGAAUGCAGAGAUGGGGUUGAUGCUCUUGCAUGCUCUACACUUGAUCAAGAGGAGGUGGAUCAGAUUAAACAAGAACCGCAAAGUGAUAAUGAGGAACCAGGGAACGGUGAAAUUGUGUCAACUAGUUUCGGAAUGCUGGAUGUUAUUAUUAAAGAGGAGGUAGAUGAACUUGAACGAGAUGACAUGGGUGAAUCGAGUUCUUUUCGAAAAGAAAGCAUAAAAAAACAAAUAAUCAACAACGAAUAUACUAGUAAUGAGGAUAGUAAUGGCAGUGAUUUGUCAUAUUCAAAUACGGACACAUCCGAAGAGGAACAUAUACAAAUGGAAAGCGCACAAAUCAAGAGCUUGCGGGCUAAAUAUAUGUCGGAUCUCAGCUCAGAUGAAUCUGUAAAAGUUUCGAAAAAAAGAGGCCCGUAUAAGAAAAAAGAAAAAUCUACAGUUAAACCAAAGCAAAUGAGGAGAAAGGUUAUUAAACGUUUUGUUUGUCACUAUUGCCCCAAAAAAUUUUCCACUUUGUUUAAUAUGGAACGGCAUGAAAAGAGCCAUGAGACAAACGCUGAGAAACAAAAAUUCAAGAAAAAAAAUUUGUGCUUCAUAUGUCAACAAGAAAACGAAACUAAGGAUGCACUGCAUGAUCAUCUUUGUGUCCAUGCGGAUAUGCUACCAUAUAUGUGCAGCAAUUGUGAGAAACCAGUAAAUGUACUCUCCGUUAGGUUACUAAAUAAGCAUUUCCAACUGCACAAAGAAAUGAAAACCGGAAUUAUUAAAUGUAUGUAUUGUUCGGCUAGGUUUCAUUCAUUAUCUGGUUGUCGGCAGCACGAACGUGGUCAUGUUGAAGGAGAACACAUUAAAGAAGCUGAAGCAAGGGCGGAACUUGAAAGUAAGCGACUUAAUGUGAAAGUAAUCAUCGUUGAUGGAUUAAAGCGAUAUGAGUGCGAAUAUUGCGGCAAAUCUUACUCACUGUUAGCGACUUUGAGAAGACAUACUAAUUCGCACACCCUUGAAAAAGUUUACAUGUGCAAGAUGUGUGGAAAGAUUUUUAAUAAAGCAUCCUCACUAACGCUGCAUGAAAAAGUGCAUUCAGAUGUUAAACCAUAUAAGUGCGAAACCUGUGGUAAAGGAUUUAAGGAAACAAUAAGAUUGAUUCAGCACAGACGUAUUCAUACCGGUGAAAAACCAUACCAAUGUCAGUGCGGAAUGGCAUUUCGAAAGAAGUAUAUUUUGAAAGAGCACAGACAAAUAUGCGACCUUCCAGAGGAUACAAUAAGAAGUACGGAAUGUCGCUUCUGCCAACAAACAUUUUCCCACUAUUUGGAAAUGGUUGAACACGUGAGAAUGUCACAUGCGCUAGAAGCACCGGAAACUAAAUGCCAAUACUGUACGUCAAAGUUUAAAAACGUUGUCCAGCUUAUAAUACACGAACAACGACAUAAUAUGCCGAACGUCCUAAAAUGCAACCAAUGCAAUCGUAUUUUUAAACAAGAAAAUCACUUAGAUACACAUAUUAAAUCACACAUCAAUGAACCCGAGGCGUUUAUUUGCGAUAUAUGUGGAAAAACUUUCAGCCAAAGUGUGAAUUUGCGAAUCCACAAACGAAUACAUACUGCAAAAAGAACGGCCGUUUGCGAUCUAUGCCCUAAAAGCUUUUUAAGCUCGAACACUAUGCGUCGCCAUCGCUUAACUCACUUCAAGGGAAGUAGCAAAAAUUAUAUCCCAUCGUUGGACCAGCGGGGAGUAGGAACCAUUGACAAAAGUAAAAUACAUGUAGUCGAUAGUGUACCUCUUAUUGAGCAAAUGACCCUUGAACGAACUGUAAUAUAACAUCUAGGCUAAGGUGAUAUUAGGCCGUCUUAAUAAAAGCGUUUGCUUUACUUCACCCACAAGGUUGACACGGGUAAAGCAAAGCAAACUGUUUUAUUCAUACGGGCUAUUGUGUAAAAAAGCACGAUAAAAUUCGUUCGACACGUUAUGUUGGUGUUUAUUAAAAAUAUAGAUAAUAAAUAUAAACGUAUGUUUAAAAAUAUCCAAAUAUCUCCUCUCUUAGGUUGAGUAGCUUGACGGUUUUGCAAAUACUAUCAAGUGUGUACAAAUUUAUAAAUAUUCCAAAUAAAAAUGAUAUAUAUAGUACCUGGCAGCUGGAAUCUAUUUUACGAAAGGAAUUUGAAGUUCGAUAGCAUACAAUGGAAGUAUUUAUUGUUUUAUUUAUUGUUUUAAGCUGGCAACUCUCUAA